UUUGACAGCCGUGCGCUUCAGUCACACUAUGGCGUCUCAUCAAAUCAGAAUGGGAUUUUUCUACCGCCUUCUGUACCGGAAUUUAUCUUUCGCAAGUUGUUAUCUUACAUCUGGAUUUCUGUGCUGAAAGACGUCAAAUGUAGGCGAAAUGAAGGACGAGGAAAGCACAGCGCGGUCGCUCCAGAGCACCGACACGGAGCGGAGAAGUGCAGCCGGUGUGGAGGAUGUCCAGGCGGGCAGCGGAGCGCCGGUGAUCCCGGUGCUGCACGGAGCAGGAUCGGACCGAGCCCCCGCACCGACAGCCCGAGGAGCAACGGGAAUACGCGUUUUAAAGCGUAACAUGAAGAGGAACGGCAGUCGAGGCUGUGUGACGAGGAAGACACGCUUCGGCUCUCGAGAGCGAGACUGGCUGAAGGGCGACGCUCAGCGAGGCUGUGUGUGUCUGUACGGGGCCUCGGAGCCACUGCCUCCAGCCUCGGGCCCCCAGACCUCCACCAGCACCCAGCCGGACCUGAAGCUGGUGCUCUGCUCCACCAACACCACCGCCGAGGAGCUGUGCGCCCAGAGAGACGUGCAGGGUCUCUAUCUGCAGCUGCACGGAGACCUAAUCAGGAGGCUGGACCCCUCCGAGCGUCCUCUUCAGAUGGUCUAUGACUACCUGACUGCUAUGGGCUAUGAAGACCCGCUCCGUGUCCAGCAGGAAGCCGCCAACUCAGACCUCAGCUGCAUGAUCCGCUUCUUCAGUGAGAAACCGGUGAACGCAGACCAGCAGGAGCGGACUCUUCUGAAAGGUGUGUUCAGCGUCAGGAAGGGGAAGACACAGCUCCAUAAAUGGGCCGAGCGGCAGGUCAUCCUGUGUGGGACGAGUCUGAUCGUGGCCUCUGUCAAGGACAGCCUGACCGGAAAGAUGCACAUCCUACCCUUGGUCGGGGGGAAGGUGGAGGAGGUGAAGCGGAGGCAGCACUGUCUGAUGUUCAGCUCCGCCGGACCGCAGGCUCAGACGUACUACGUUAACUUUGACACGCUGGCCGACUACCAGCGCUGGCUUCGGCAGGCUUCGAAAGUGGUGUCUCAGACCAUCAGUCUGGUGGAUCUGUCCUGCUACAGUCUGGAGGACGUGCCCGAGUAUCUCUUCUACUGCCAGGACGUCACACACCUCAACCUACGACACAACUUCAUGAGUCUGGACGGCCCUGGAGGACUCGCCAACUUCAACAGAUUUGGCCAGCUGAGGAGCUUGAAUCUUUCUCACAAUGGGCUGGGCGUCUUCCCGGAGUCUGUGUGUGAGAUCCAGACUCUGACGGAGCUCUAUCUGUCCUGCAACGGCCUCUCUUCUGUCCCGGCCCGCCUCCAAAACCUCCAGAGCUUACAGACGCUGUGUUUGGACGGGAAUCUCCUGGAGUCUCUUCCGGAGGAGCUGGGAAACCUGACGCAGCUCUGCAGCUUGGGACUCUCCUUCAAUGACUUCCCUCUGGUCCCCGGCGUGGUGGAGCGCCUCGGGGCCCUGGACAAGCUGGCGAUGGCGGGGAACAGGGUGGAGACUCUGGAUCUGUUCAGCCUGCUCCGAAUGACUCACAUUAAGAGUAUUGAUUUACGGUUAAAUGGCCUCCGCUGUGUUAAAAGCGAAACUCUGGAGCCGGUCAAACAUCUCACCCAGCUGGACCUGAGAGACAACCAGCUGACGUCUCUGGACCUGAGCUCGGCCUGCAGUCUGGAGAGCCUGCAGUGUCAGAGGAACCAGCUGAGAGCCCUGACGCUCAGCGGCUUCACCCUGCGCUCGCUCCACGCCAGAGACAACCGUCUGACCACGGUCAACAUCUACCCUGUUCCCAGCCAGCUCACACACAUGGACCUGUCAAGGAAUCUCCUGGAAUACCUGCCAGACUGGGUCUGUGACAGCAGGAAGAUUGAGGUGCUGGACGUCUCCCAUAAUCUGCUGUCUGAGCUCCCGGCCAGAUUUCUCAGCAGUCUGAGUCUGCGUAAACUGCUGGCUGGGAACAACCGGCUGGAGAGACUGGCUGACCUGCUCGAUCACGUCCCGCUGGAAACACUCGACCUGCAGCACAACAAGCUUCGCCAACUUCCAGAGAACUUCUUCUACAAAGCCUUGAAUUUAAAGUAUUUGAAUGUGUCUGCCAAUGCGCUGGAGACGAUCCCGCCGAGCAGCCAAUCAGAGGAGAGCCUCAGCACCCUGCAGGAGCUCUAUCUCACAGGAAACAACCUGAAUGAGAGCUGCGCUGCUCUACUGGUGGGGCAUCAGAACCUGCGGGUCUUGCAUAUGGCUUAUAACCAACUGCAGUCCUUCCCUGCUAGCAAGCUCAGUAAGCUGGAGGUCCUGGAGGAACUGAAUCUGAGUGGGAACAAGCUGAAAAUGAUCCCCUCCACCGUGUCCAGCUGCAAGAGACUGCACACGCUCAUCGUCCACUCCAACCAUAUCAGCGUGUUCCCAGAAGUCCUCAGCCUCCCCGAGAUCAAGCUAGUAGAUGUGAGCUGUAAUGAGCAGACCGAAAUCCUUUUGCCGGACUCUCUGCCUUCAACCCUACAAGAGCUGGAUCUGACCGGCAACAGCAGCCUCAUGUUAGAGCACAAAACACUCAACCUCUUCAGUCACAUCAGUACUUUGAAGCUGGACCAGAAGCCAGCCGUGACCGCAGGAGACACACAGGGCACGUCCGCCCUGUGGGAUCAUGGUUACGCUGAGAUGUGUGGGCAAAGGAACAAGUUGUGUGUGUCUGUGCUGGCUGUGGAUCACUUCGGGGACAGUCCGGACGCUGCUUAUGGGAUUUUUGAUGGCGACCGUAAUGAGGAAGUUUCCAGGUUACUGCAGUGCACCAUGGGAGAUGUAUUGGCAGAGGAGAUACAGCACUCCAGUGUGGACAGUGUAUACAUGAGCAACACUUUCCUUACCUCUCAUAGGAAACUUGGCAUGGCAGGCCAGAAGCUCGGUGCCUCUGCUCUGCUCUGUUACAUCCAUCACGAGUCCUCCGAAGCUGGCCGCUACUUCAGCCUCACUGUGGCCAACGUAGGCACCUGCCAGGCUGUACUGUGUCGUGAUGGGCAACCUCUUGCCCUCUCAAAGGUUUUCAGCCUAGAACAGAGCGCUGAGGAGAUGGAGCGCGUCAAACUGGCAAAAGCUAUUAUCACUGAGGAUAACAAGGUGAGUGGGGUGACAUGCUGCUCACGGUUACUCGGCUGUUCCUACCUGUUUCCUUGGGUGCUUCCCAAACCCUGGGUGCACACAGAGCCUCUGUGUUCUCAGGAUGAGUUCCUGAUCCUAGGAAACAAAGCACUUUUCCAGAAGGUUUCCUACCGGGAGGCAGUGAGCACUGUGCUGGCUGUCAGAGACCCCCGCGCUGCUGCCAAAAAGCUGUGCACGCUGGCACAGAGCUAUGGGUGCCGGGACAAUGUCGGAGCAGUAGUGGUAGCUUUGCAUAUCGGAGAAGACAGCUGUACGUGCGAGCCUCCUCUCUCGACCGCAGAAGCCCGAGGACCACCAGCCCAGACACUGUUACCGAUCUCUGUGUCCCCUGGCGACCCAGCCACGCCGUCAUCUAGCAGUGGCAUCGCCUCGGAGUUUAACAGCGAGAUGUCCGCUUCGGAAGUGGGCAGCGAGGCUGGGUCCACAGCUUCAGACGAGCACCCCUCUUCAGGACCAACGGCUCGUCCGGAGCGCCGCUGUAGUUUGCAUCCGACCGCUACCUUGUGUAACACCGGGCCGCUGGCGAGCCUCGGGCCAGGGGCGCACCCGGCUCUAUUCCAGCGGCAGCCUUCCAGCGCAACCUUCUCAAGCAACCAAUCGGACAACGGACUGGACAGCGACGACGAGGCUCCUUUAGAAGGCGUCAUCUCAAACGGGAGUAAGCUUGAGGUGGAAGUGGACAUCCACUGCUGCGCUUUUCAGCUGCGCUCCGGACCACCGGAAAGUCCCAAGGACCCGGACGGCCGGCAUGAUUCGAGGGGCUCGGAUUAUCCCAACAGCAAAAUGCGGCGGCAAAACAGCGUGGUGGUUUCUGCCACCAACGGCUGCCUGCUGGCCGUAUGCGGCCGAGAGAUCUCGGAUCUGAAGAAGUCUCCUUCAACCUCCAGCCUCUUUGGGAAGAAGCUCUCUAAUGGCUCCGUAGUGGCUCUCGAGGACAGCCACAAUAUUAUUGAGGUAGCACUUGAGGCCCCAAAGAAGAAGUCGGGAUAUUUUGCCGCACCAGCCCAGCAAGACCCGGAAGACCAGUUAAUUAUACCACCCAGUCUGGAGCAGGAUGUGCGGGAGCAGCUGAGAGGACAGAGCCCUGUGGUUCCCGGGCCGCCACCGGCUCCUUCAACGCCGCCUUCAGCAAGAGACCCCAACUGGGACCAUACUCAAUCCACCAUCGCUGGUCUGCACCCCACCACCGUCCUGCAACAGGACGUCUACGACACCGCUCUAUAGCUGGUGCAAGAGGACCACACCAUCGGAGCAUCUCUGCAUCAUAGUGCCACAUCAAAGAGGCUAGCACGCUCGAGAUAAUCCAGUUCUUAUUUAGCGUCAUCACGUGUGGGUCCCUGCAUCUGCAUUCUUGGGCUGAUCUGCGGUGGCCACAUCCAAGUCAAGGAUGGAAAUGGGUGACAAGUCAGGACCGAUGACAUCUUGAAGAUUGAGGUCUCAGAUUGUGGAAAAACAUGGGCUAUUUCUGACCAAAAACCACAGCAUGGAGCUGGAGUACCUCAUUAUCACCAUGCCGUGAGUUCAUUUCGACAUUCGCCCUUUAUAUCAAAGGUCACAGGCUUAAGUAGGCUUCAGUGAUCACAUUUGCCUUCUGGUGGAAAGAUACUAUCAAGCUAAACUGAGACCAAAAGAUGAGAAAAGUGCCUCAUAAAGAUGGUUGAGGUUCAGAGCCUUUACUGUUCUGGUGCAGUGUUGUUCUCCUUCCUUCCCAUAGUGGCGACUAGUCUGUAAUCUGCACUUUUGAAGUCCGUGAGGAAAAGUUUUCAGUUGGAUAUCUUCCCCAUUUGACCUGCUGGAAACAUCCCGCUCCGUUUCAUGGAAAAGAGUUGUCAUUGUGGAAAGAAGUAUUGUUGAAAAAGACAAGAGCGUUCUCCACCGUCCCUGAAAAUAACACAAUACAUAAAUAAUAACACAAUAAUGCACAAUAGAAGAGUACGAUGAACCCAACGUAACAUUCAAACCCUAGAGAGGGAAUCGAUCAAGUGAUGGAGGUCAGAGUGAGAUGGAGACAAAUACUACAUCCAGUGCUCAGAGGAAGCAUCGCCACACCUUUAAGGUCAUUUUGGGGAGCAGAAAGACCUCACAAUCUUGUCUGAACUCCUAUCUUGAGCGGUUUCGGGUUGUCUAGAGUACUUGAAGUUUCGAGUGUGCCAUGACUACAUGACAGAGCCCCUGCUAUACAGCCUUGGGCUGAAAAUAUGUCAUUGGGUCUUUGUAGUAGUGCAGUUUUACUGUGGAUCUCAGUGAAGCUGGGAUAUUUGCUCCUCAUCUCAUAAUCAAGGAAAAAAUGAACAGCUGACAUUGAGGUUUAAUUAUAUAUGAGAGAUCCUGUAUUGUGCGUGUGGGUAUGUGUGCUCUAUUUUAGCCAUUCAUGGUACGUACAAGAACGACCUGGGAAGGAGAAUAUAUUGGUCAUCUGAGUUUGUCAUUGCCACAAUCACAGUAUCAGGGAAUUCUGUGCAGUAAAACACUGUGCUCAUGGUUUGAGGAGACAUCUAGUGGUGUGUAUUGAAAACAAGGGUCUUUCCAGAAAUGUGUGUGUGUGUGUGUGUGUGUGUGUGUGUGUGUGUGUGUAUGUGUAUAUGUAUAUAUAUAUAUAUAUAUAUAUAUAUAUAUAUAUAUAUAUAUAUAUAUAUAUGCAGGAGAUUUAAAGUUAGGGACAGUCGAGUACUAAGCCCAUUGUGAAUUGUUAAUUUACUUAUGUUAUCUAAAGCCCUUUUUUAUUUCGUCAAUUGUAGGGCAUCAGUUGCAUUACAUUAUGUUUUAAUUUAUUAGUUGUACUCUUAUAAUUCAUGAUUUCAUUCAUAGUCUUUACAUAGGAAGCAAAUUCCCAUUGACACUCAUGCACUUCAAAUACAGAAAUGUAAUCACAGCAUCGGCAGGUUUACAACAACAAAAAAUCAUCAACUUGAAAUUGAGCUUUAGCGUGUUUGUAUGCUCAAAUAUGACGUUUAAGAAAUUGCAUCUCACGAUUCAGAUCUUUUUUUAAUUACUGUUCUCCAUGGUCAUUUGUGCCAAACUUGCAUACAGAUUUGUGUUCGUUAUGAGAAAAAGCUGCCACGUAACUAACCUGGAUCCCAGUAUUUAACUACGAGGAAGGUUUUGAACUUUAACUUUUACUUCCAUUAACCUGUCUUCAAGCAUUAGAAAGAUAUUCGAGGGGUUAAUUAUAAUUGCCUACAGACCUGAAACUGUAGCUCUAGUGCCAAAAGAUGCGUAGUAGUGGUGCCUGAAGGGAAGGUAGGUUAUUUUGAGUAUUUCGGCCAUCCCUUGUGUGCUCCUAAAGCCAGUAUUGUGCACGCAGCAGCAUCAUGGCCUUAAAACAGGUUUCCUCAAUCUUUUCUUUAGUGUUUCUAUUCCAAUUCCCUUUUUUUCACUCAAAAAUGACAUUUUCUAGAAAUAUAUCCUUAGAUUCCCUAAAUCAUUUAGAGCUGUAUGCUAUUAAACAAUCUUAUAAAGUAAAAUAGUUUUACACUGUGUAAGCACUUUGUACAUGGCUCAGAUUUAAGAAUUGGAUUUUACCGAUUGUCGAAAUGCAGUCGUCAUUAGGCUUUGAUUUGUGGCCUCUUUUAUGUCUUUAAUAACCCCUGAAAAUGUCAUUUGUUCUGUUUGGUUGAAAGGCGAGAUGUGGUUGAGGCACAACAUGCUGAGUCAUACUGUGCUAAGAGGCAGAGUUCAAGCAUUUGACGGCGUGCUUUGUUUGCAGGAUCUAGUCCAAGUCUGCUAAUAGCUAUAGAAGCAUUACAUCCCUCGCAGUGCUUUAACAUUGAAAGGAAACAACAUCACUGAUACAGCCACUUUAUUACCACUUUGAGAGCACCUUCUAUAGACCUAUAACAUGGUGCAUAUCUGAAUCAUGCUUAAAAAUGACAUAUGCAACAAUUAUAUGACUCUAAUAAGAUUAGAAUAUUGAAGAAUAUUGAAGAAUAGGACUGGGAAAAAUCCAUAAAUGUGUUUGUUUGUUGGUGUCAAGUGCAGUGUACUGUUGUGGAGAGUGUCUAUUGUUUUUCCAGGCAAUUAUGCUAGUUGCUUUUGCCACAAAUGUUGUAUUUUAGAUCCCUUAAACAUUUGUGCUCUGUGCUCUCCUGGCCAAAACAUGAUGAGGUGAACCUCAAGUUGCUGAAAAUGUUGGCCUAAUAGAGUUUUCCUUGACGUUAUAUGCAAAUAGCCAUCAGGUUUACAUUCAUUUGUUAAAGGAACAGCUGAACCAAAACAAAAUCUCAUUAUGUCACUGUUUUAGUUAGCAUUGACUUCAAAAAAAUCUCUAAAUAUCCUCUAUGUUCCACAUAAGAAAGUGAAAUCACAUGAGAGUAAGUGAAUUUUUUGGGUGAACUAUCCCUUUAAUUGUAUGCCUAAGAACACAAAAGCAUAUAUUCCCCGCUCACAUUAUAAAGUAGAUUUUUUUUUUUAAACAAUAGUUUAUAACUAAAGGACAUGAUCGGGGAUCUAAAAUUCUAUCAUGACGCAUUUUUAUUUAUUUAUUUAAUGUUAUUAGGAUGAUUUGUUUGCCAGUAACUUUCUCUGAUUUUAUUGUAACUGGAUUUUGCAACUCGUGUGUGAACACUUAGGCAA